AUGGAGCCGAGAACUACAUCGGAGCCUGUCAACAGCUCUGUUCCCGCGCACGCGGCCGCCCUAGCUGCUCCCCGAGUGAUAGGGCUUUAUGGCUUGCCUGGCUGCGGCAAGUCAUAUAUCAUGGAUCAACUCAAGCAGGAGCUCGGCGAAACAGACUUCGAGUACUUUGAAGGGUCUAAGGAAAUCAGCAAAGUGACCCCUGGUGGGCUUGACGAAUUUAAGAUGCAGGACAAGUACAAACAGGACCACUGGCGCAAACUCGCAAUCGAUGCCAUCAAGUCAACCUGCGCCCAGACUGGCAAGACCGGGAUUGUGACCGGGCAUUACAUGUUCUGGGAAGGCGGAAAAAAAGAAGAAGCGUCGAGGGUUUGCUCUCAGGCUGACCUGGCGACUUAUACGCAUAUCCUGUACGUCAACGCACCUCUUGAAGUGACGGCGAAACAACGGGCGGAAGAUACCAAAAGGGCGCGUUCGAAUCUGUCGAGUGAACAUUUGCGUCGGUGGCAAGAGACCGAAAUUCAGGAAAUCCAUGACCUUUGUCGUGAAAAUAACAUUCUCUUCGCGACCAUCUACCCGAAUCUGAAGAGCAAGCUAGCGAGCUUGAUUCGUGACUUCCAGUGUCAUGAUGAGAACCACAAUAGACUCGUUGCCGAGCAUAUUUUUGACAAAUGCAUUUCUCCGAGCUACGAUGAGCUGCAGACUGUUCUUUUCUUCGAUGCUGAUAAGACACUGGCCGCGGUUGAUACGGGCACACGCUUCUGGAAGAUCCACGAGACCAAGGGAGGCAAAAAGGAUCCGUUGAGCGCUCUAUUCCGAGGGCCGUUGGGGUAUUCGUAUACCGCAUUUAGACAAGCUAUGUUAUUGUACGAGGAGUCAACCAACGACGAUGAAUUUGAGGCUAUCUGCGAGGAGAUUGCUUCACACACACGACCUUUAUCCGGGAAUGUCCUCGCUUCUGCGCCAGGCAGAAAACUACCGCCACGUUUCUUCUGUCAUUGUGACCUGCGGACUACAACGUUGAAGGUCGUGGGCGGGGGCCGAAUCAAAGACGGUUUUGUCGUUACCCCUUCGGUGAAAGAGUGCCUGAUUACCCGCGCAAAGAGUGCUCACACGGUAUAUACUUGGGCGUUUGGAGAUAGUCCUCUCGACCUGCCAAUGAUGAGGGCUGCUCACAAGCCCGUCGUUGUGGUCGGCGAGCAGCAAAGCCGGAGCAAGAGCAUGGAGCACAAACUGUUGACUGAGAUAAGAGACAAUGGUUUGCAGGCUCGUCAGGUUUUGCUGCCAGUCAACACAUCGCCGCCGCUGUUAGAUACUGCGAAGCUGCCUGUCGCCAACCUCACGGAGAAAUCGUUCUUGGAUGAGAUCUUCCAACCGCUCGGGCGACCUGGUGGCGUACGACUUCACCACGCUACGGAUAGUCACGCAACAAAGUUGCUGAGCACUCCGAUGCGGGAUGACAGUAUUCGCGGACCGUCCUUGCAGGAGGCCCAUGAGAACGCCGGGCGUUAUCUAGCCACUAGAUACCUAGUUGAGCUCAUAGGUACUGAGGUGUUAGCUAUACGUCAUCCCCAGGGAAACUUUGUUGCCGGAUACCGACUGCUCGACGAGGAGCAAACCUUGAUCGUGCCGCUGAUGCGUGGUGGGCAGUCCAUGGCUUCUGGCAUCUUCAAAGUCUUCCCCAAGGCUCGACUCCACGAUGCCAAAGAACCAACGGAUGUCAAAGAAGAACAUCUCAAAGGUAUCGUCAAUGUGAUCUUGGUCGACUCCGUGAUAAACAGUGGCGAGUCAAUGGCCCAGUUCGUGCAACGCAUUAGAGAGGUGGAUGGAGCGGUCCGUAUCAUUAUCGUCGCUGGCGUUAUCCAGGACCAAGCAGUUAAAGGCUGUAGUCAGCUUCGCGCCGUCGCACGUUCCACGGAGCUUACUGUUGUCGCGCUUCGCCUGUCAGCAAAUAAGUAUACUGGUAAGGGAACCACUGAUACUGGGAACCGGUUGUUCAACACAACUUACCUUGAUUGA